AUAAGGUUCGCAAUUGUAUGGUUUGUGGUUAGUUCCGGUCAUCUCCGUAUACUACUCACCCACGUGGAGUUAAAGAUGGCUAGUAUUAAAGAAAGCGAUGGAGAAACAAUCACUUUCAAGUCCCUAGGCCUGACUGAUGUCCUGUGUGAGGCCUGUUUGGCUCUCAACUGGAAGAUCCCCACUGACAUACAAAGGGAAGCACUGCCCUUGGCCUUUCAAGGACGUGACAUCAUUGGACUUGCUGAAACUGGAUCCGGCAAAACUGGUUCGUUUGCCCUUCCCAUUCUGCAGUCACUCCUGGAAAGCCCGUCAAGACUCUAUGCUCUCGUGCUCACACCCACCAGAGAGCUGGCAUUCCAGAUAGGAGAGCAGUUUGAGGCUUUGGGGGCUGGUAUCGGAGUCAAGGUUAGCGUGAUAGUGGGCGGAGUCGACAUGGUCACACAAUCUCUUAAUCUCGCCAAGAAACCGCACAUUAUCAUCGCGACCCCUGGUCGUCUGGUGGAUCAUCUGGAGAACACAAAAGGUUUCAACCUUCGUUCUCUGAGGUUCCUGGUGAUGGACGAGGCAGACAGAAUACUCAACAUGGACUUUGAAACAGAGGUAGACAAGUUACUCAAAGUUAUCCCCAGAGAGCGAACCACUUAUCUAUACUCCGCCACCAUGACUAAGAAAGUGGCUAAAUUGCAGAGGGCUUCCCUACACAACCCAGUCAAAUUGGAGGUCUCCACUAAGUACCAAACAGUUGCCAAGCUAAAGCAAUACUACCUCUUCAUACCAUGCAAAUACAAGGAUUGCUACCUAGUGAGUCUGCUUAAUGAGCUAGCUGGUAACUCAUUCAUGGUCUUCUGUGGCACCUGUAACAACACUCAGAGGACGGCCUUGCUGUUACGUAACCUUGGUCUCCACGCUAUUCCCCUCCACGGAAAGAUGCCUCAAGCCAAACGUCUCGGAGCUCUCAACAAGUUCAAAGACAAAUCUCAGUCUAUUUUAGUGGCUACAGAUGUUGCUAGCAGAGGCCUGGACAUACCUCACGUUGACGUGGUGAUUAACUUUGAUAUCCCCACUCACUCCAAGGACUACAUACAUCGGGUUGGCAGGACAGCCCGUGCUGGAAGGUCAGGCAGAGCCGUCACCUUUGUCACUCAGUAUGAUGUCGAGUUGUACCAACGAAUAGAGACACUGAUCGACCAGAAGCUGUCGCUCUACCCCACAGUAGAGGAGGAGGUCCUGGCUAUGAUGGAGAGGGUAGCUGAAGCACAGAGACAUGCAAAGAUGGAGCUGCAAGAAUCUUCACUGGAGAAAAAGCGAAAGGGUUUAGAGGCAGAGGAAAAGAAGAAACCCUACGCCAAACGUCGGAAGGUGGACACUGAGAACAUUUAGAGUAGCUAUAUAUGUUUUCUUGUUUCUGUAUGUGCACAACUACUUAAGCUGUUUCAUAAUAAUUAUGUUCAUCAGAUUCUCAGAUAAGCUCAUUGAUGAUUUGUGUGCAAUCAUUGUCCGAUAUGCUUGCCAAGUUUGUC